ACAAAUUUGAUGAUCUAAUUAAGCGAUGGAAUAGUUUGAAAAAAUGGGCAUGAUACCAUCCUUCUCCACCCGGCAACAUCUUCGUCCAUAUACGCAAGGAAGGAAGAAAUACUACCAGCAAGAAGGAAGAGGAGGGGACUUGUUCAAUCCCCCAAAAUCCUUGAAAGAAAUAGCACAACAUCAUACGGAGUAACACUUUUCAACAACAUCAAUCAAUAUCGUCAAAAGAGAAGAAUUGCACAUAAUAUAUAGCAGCAGCAACUGAUGGCCUUGCAGUGGGUAAUUCUAGCGUACAUCGUCGCAGCUGAGGCUGCCGUCGCUAUCGUCCUGACCCUCCCGUCACCGAAGCCUCUCCGAUCGCGGAUCGUCUCUCUCGUAUCUCUAACCCUUCAGCCUUUACUCUUUAUCGUCCCCUUCGCCGCUUUCCAGCUCCUAGAUAUCUAUUGGAAGAAUGAGCAUCGUUUGAUGUGCACCGGUGAGGUCUGUACUGCAGCUGAGAGAGAUCGCUAUGAGAAAUCGAUAUACAAGGCUCAAAGGAAUAGCAUCCUUUGUGUGGCAGGAUGCCUUCUCUACUGGUGCAUCUACAGAAUCUGCAAGUACCACAAGGACAUCCAAAGAAUGGAGGACACGGAAAAGAGAAACAAGGCCCACUAACCCCACUCUGCCUUAGCCCUCACCAGAUCUUCUGCUUUAUUGACUUAUCCCUGAGAUUACAUUUUAUGUCUUAAAAUUGCAGUAUGUUUGUCAUGACGACAUGUUUCUGUUGUUAUCUUUUCUACUAUUAUUAUUAUUAAUUAUUACUAAGACUACAAGUCUCUACACUUAUACACCAAGGCUCCAACUGCAAUCAUGAGUAUGCCAUUUGGUAAACAGGAAUUACUAAUGUCUGCAUCACAAGCUUGUAAUAUGCUGUAUUAUAUUCGGGAAAAGGUACAAAUAGAUAUUCCUUAAGUAUGGUCUCACUGUCUCAGGUGCACAUUGAUUAAUGCAUUCAUAUUACAUCUAGUGUUUAGUGGGA